UCCACUCUCUCACUGCAACUCACAGUUCCGGCGACUUCUCCGAUCAAGUUCCGGCCACCUCUCAUCCCCAGCCAUGGCGACGAUAUGAGCCGCCGCCGUUCGCCAUGUCGAUUUCCUGCUCCAACUGCUUCUCCGACUCCGACCUCCUCUGCGUAGAGGACACCUCCGGAAUCUUGUCCGGAGAGUCGCCGGAAUACUCCUCCGACCUCGAUUCCUCGUCGCCGUCGGAUGAUGAGUCUAUAGCCGGACUCAUCGAAGACGAACACAACUUCGUCCCCGGAUUAGACUACCUCUCCAGGUUCCAGUCUCGCUCACUCGACGCCUCCGCCAGAGAAGAAUCCGUUGCAUGGAUUCUCAAGGUGCAGGCUUAUUAUGCUUUUCAACCGCUUACGGCUUAUCUUUCCGUCAAUUACAUGGAUCGGUUCUUGAAUUCUCGGCAGUUGCCGCAGGCAAAUGGGUGGCCACUGCAACUUCUAUCAGUUGCGUGCUUGUCUUUAGCAGCAAAGAUGGAGGAACCUCUUGUUCCGUCUCUGUUGGACCUUCAGGUAGAAGGUGCCAAAUACAUAUUUGAGCCAAGAACAAUUAGAAGGAUGGAGCUACUUGUUCUGGGCGUCCUGGAUUGGAGGCUAAGAUCAGUCACUCCAUUUAGCUUUCUCGAUUUCUUUGCGUGCAAGUUAGAUUCAACUGGAACUUUUACUGGGUUCCUCAUUUCACGGGCUACACAAAUUAUCUUAUCCAAUAUCCAAGAGGCCAACUUUAUUGCAUAUUGGCCAUCAUGCAUUGCUGCCGCGGCCAUACUCUUUGCAGCUAACGAAAUUCCUAAUUGGUCUCUCGUUAAGCCUGAGCAAGCCGAAUCAUGGUGCGAGGGGCUAAGAAAAGAGAAAAUUAUCGGGUGCUACCAAUUAUUGCAAGAACUUGUGAUUGACAAUAACCGGAGGAAACCCCCUAAAGUGUUACCACAGCUUCGAGUGACAACCCUCACCCAAAUGAGGUCAAGUGUCUCCUCAUUCUCAUCCUCCUCCUCCUCUUCUCCUUCGUCCUCAUUGCCUUAUAAAAGGAGGAAAUUGAAUAACUGUUUGUGGGUAGAUGAUGACAAAGGAAACUCCAAGUGAAGAGAAAAAGAAUAUUAAUAAAGGAAGAAAAAAGAAACAAAUAAGGUGGUGGUCCAACUUGUCCAGAAACCUCAACAUUUUUUAGAGGAUUUUUGAGUUAAAAAUUGACUUGAGUCAUGGUGUACAUUAUAAUAUAUACUAUAAUGUGCGAGAGUUGUGAGCUUUUAUUAUUCUUAUUAUUAUUUUGUUGGUGGGUAUUGCCAUUCAUCAAUGGCUUCGCAGAUUCCCAAGGGAGGGGAAUUUUGCAACAUAAAUAUAUUGCUUUGGAAAAGGGAGAGAGAGAGAGAGGAAAUACACAAAGAUGCAUUUAUUAAUGGUUUGGUAUAAGUGUGGAAGAAAGAAGUGAAGAAUUCGGAAUUCAAAGUUGCGCUGGUUAUUGGUAAAAGAGAAGAACAUGGUGGGACACUGCUCGAGAGCUUGGAAAGAAAAGUAGAGUCGCAGAGCAGAUAUAUCAAUUGGGUUGGCAAAACUUGGGGAUUGAAACUUCGAUGUUUGAGCAGUUUCUUAAUAUGGGAUUUCAAAGUCAGGCUUCCCGUCUUGGCCAGCAUCUUUGCUUCAACUUUCACGCUAUUUUGAUGGGAACCACAAGAAUACAAAAAAUAUAUGGUAAUAAGUUAAAGCUGGCUACAUUUUGUGGACUUUUUCUUAUGAUGCGCGUGAAGACGCUUCUGGUGCGUGCCACGCACGUGUGUAUGUGUGAUUUUUUUUGUUUUAUUUUUGGCGGGAAUUUUCUUUUUCUUUUUGGCCUGGAGUUUUGGCCUAACCAUACAGGACCCAUUGCCUGGUGUCCACGCGUGUGAUGGAAACACGUGGCUAUAGUUUUUAAGUUUUGGAAUUUUUUUUUUCAUUUGUUAAGUGAGGACUACCUUUUCAUAGUGGCCUAAUUGGCUUGAGAAAUGGGAGAAAAGGUCUUUGGGGCCUUUU